GAUCACAGACUAAAGCUCUUCUUCUGUGGAGUGCUUCUACGGGUGACUAAAGUGGAUAAUAGGAUAACUAUGACUCUUGAGGAAAUUCACGGACAGGAGAACACAGUUGAAGCCGGUGACAGAAUGAUGUGUGCUGGCUCAGCCCUGGAAGAGCUCCUGGUUUCCGCUAAGAAACAAGAAAACCUGACAGUGGGAGUGUACGAGUCUGCAAAAGUAAUGAAUGUUGACCCAGACAGCGUGGCUUUCUGUGUUCUGGCAACCGAUGAGGAGUACGAGUGCGACAUCGCUCUGCAGAUCCACUUCACCUUAAUCCAGGCCUUCUGCUUCGACAACGACAUCAACAUCGUGAGGGUGAAUGACAUCCAGCGACUGGCUGAGAUUGUCGGGAGCGAUGAGUCAGGCGAACCCCAAGAUGCGCACUGCAUUCUCGUCACGAACCCAAACUUGGAUUCAUGGAAGGACCCGGCUCUGGAGAAGCUGAGCUUGUUUUGCGAGGAGAGUCGUAACGUUUACGAGUGGGUGCCUGCAAUUACGCUCCCUGAGCGAUGAACUGGGACUUUUCAGAAAUUGAAGAUGCUUAACCUUUGGUGCAUUAAUAACCUGGAAUACGAGGGGGACCCGACAUAUUCCUGAGAUCUGUGGAUUAUCCUGUUGAGGGCUCAGAUGAAAGUCGCAUGGGCGGGCGUACAGAAAAUGUCCUUUGAGGUGACAAGGAAUCAAGUGCAACGGGAUCUGCAGGAGGACGGUUCGUACCAAGGUGCCCCCAACUUCACUGGCAGUGCGGGGCCUGGUAUACCACAGAGGAGAGCGGAGGAGAGCUCUUGAAUUUUUGAAUGGUGUGGAGGCUUGACGAAGGAUGCAAAGAGGAAGUGCAUUGUGCAGAGUACCGGCAAUGGACUGAAAGACUCGCAUGAAAGACUGAACGUUUUUAGAGAAACUGGAAGCUAGAACAAGUUUUAAAAAAUGUGGAACGGACUGAUUUAACCGAACAGGUAUUUCAGAAUCGGUAUAAUAUAAAAAAAAAAACUAUUACGCAGAUAUUUUUGUACGCAGUUUCGUAAUGGAUCAAAUUAUUCAAUGUAUGGCUGUGAAUUUUACAGGAUGUUUGUGAACAUCGCAAUAAAACGAUUAAAUGUA